GGUAAUAAGAUUUCAAAUAGAUUAUAGGAGCUUAAAAAUCCCCCAAAAAAGACCUUUGGCGUUAUCGCCUAGCCCUAAAAUCACAUUCACCGAGCCCACCUGCAGUGCAGCAACAGAGAAGCCGAUAAGAAGUCCAAAAAAGGGGUGAAAUAUUCAAAGUGGAAGGGCAAUUCCCUCCCGUCAUAUUCAUCGGAUUCUCUACCGUAUCAAACUGAAAUCAAAGAUUUCAAGCACUUGGGACAAAAAUGAGCUAUGGAACAAUACAUAGGGAUGUAUAGGGAGUGGGAGAAGUCAGGGUGGCAUUUUGUAUUUAUGUAUAGUGGGAGGUUGUUGCUCACUUUCAGGAGAGCUAUCAUCUGCAAAACUUAUAAAGAUGAGGAGACCCAAAUAUUAAUUUCAAAUAAAUUAUAGCUUUUGGAGCAUCUUGGAGCAUAUGAGAAAUGGAGCUUGUGGAGCACCGCUCAACUCGAGGAUUGCUCUCUUGGUUUGCUUCAAAGUUUUUCUACUUGAAUGUGUUACUGUCGAAUCAAAUACAGAAUAAUCAAAAUUGAAUAAUACCUCCAUAGUUCAGAAUGAGUGGCCGUUUUUCUCGCACAAUCUAUGUUGGCAACCUUCCCGCAGAUAUAAAAGAAUGGGAAGUUGAAGAUCUAUUUUACAAGUAUGGGCGUAUACUGGAUAUUGAGUUGAAGAUUCCCCCGCGUCCUCCUUGCUUUUGCUUUGUAGAGUUUGAAAAUGCUCGUGAUGCUGAAGAUGCUAUCAGGGGUAGAGACGGCUACAACUUUGAUGGCUGUCGUCUCAGGGUUGAGCUUGCUCAUGGUGGUAGAGGGCCGCCAUCUUCAAGUGAUCGUCGUGGUGGCUAUGGCCGCAGUGAUGGUGGAGGGCGUCAUGGCAUUUCUCGCCAUUCUGAGUACCGAGUUAUUGUUCGUGGCCUCCCGUCUUCUGCUUCCUGGCAAGAUUUGAAGGAUCAUAUGCGAAAGGCUGGCGAUGUUUGCUUUGCUGAAGUUUCCCGUGACAGUGAAGGAACCUUUGGCCUGGUCGACUAUACAAACUGUGAUGACAUGAAAUAUGCUAUUCGCAAACUUGAUGAUACCGAGUUCAAGAAUCCUUGGACACGAACCUAUAUCCGGGUAAGAGAACACAAGCGAAGUCCAUCCAGAAGCCGCAGCAGGAGCAGGAGCAGGAGCAGGAGCAGAAGUCCGAGGGGGAGCAGAAGCAGAAGUCCGAAGAGGAGUAGGAGCAAAUCAGCUGGAAGAUCUGUUUUGAGAUCACCGCCGGCGAAGUCUAGAUCUGCAUCUCCUGUGAAGUCGACUAGACCCAGGUCCAGGUCCAGGUCCAGGUCUAGGUCCAGGUCCAGGUCCAAGUCCAAGUCCAGAUCAAGGUCGGCGUCCCCUCGUCAGGCACGAUCAAACAGUGGCUGAUUUCAUGUGAUUUUAUUAGGUGUACCCCAACUAAAACUAUGCUUAGUUCGAUUUUUGACUCAAACUGCAAACUAGGGUGUGUACCUAAAGCAGAACCAUUUGAGGUCUUUCUGGUCCUACUUGGGAGUUGUGUUAUCCUGCAAACUAGGGUGUGUAACUAUGUUUCUGGUUAAAGUAAAUUGACAGAAAAAUCAAGUUAUUUCAAAUUAUUUCCUAAAAUACUCUCUCUUUAUUUAUGCUUCCAUAAAAAAGAUAGCGCCUUCCUAUC